AUGCCAGGUACCAUCAGUAGUAUACAGCAGUUCCUCUGCCCCGCAAAGCCCAGAUUUACGGACAAGGAUGUUCCAGAUCUAAAAGGCAAAGUUAUCAUUGUCACUGGAUCAAAUACGGGGUUAGGCAAGGAAAUUGCCCAGAUUGUCUAUUCUAAGAAUGCCAUGGUAUACAUGAUGGCACGGUCUGAAGAGAAGACCAAGAAGGCUAUUGAGAGUAUCAAGGCUGCGGCACCUUACUCGAGUGGAGACUUGAGAUUUAUUCGUCUUGAUCUAGCCGAUCUUACCACCAUUAAGAGUUCUGCAGACCAAUUUCUCCAAAAGGAGGAAAAGCUUCAUGUCUUGUUUAAUAAUGCUGGUGUUGGGUAUCCAGACAAAGAUGCGAAGACGAAGCAAGGCUAUGAACUUCAGCUAGGUGUCAACUGCAUCGGCGCAUUCGCCUUGACUAAACUUCUAACACCGACCCUCAUAUCUACCGCCAAGGUUUCACCGCCUAAUACGACUCGUGUAGUAUGGGUCUCUUCUUCAGCCGCAGAAGCAGUGAGUCCUAAAGGAUUUGUCGAGGGCUUAGCAAAAUUUCAGGAGAAGGGGGCAUUGGAUAAGUACAGCCUUAGCAAGCUGGGCAACUAUUUACACUCUACCGAGUUUGCUACCCGUCAUAGGACAGAUGGCGUGAUUUCGAUGUCGCUAAAUCCAGGCGCCCUCGACUCUGAAUUUUGGCGUGAUCAAGGAGCCGUAACGACUUGGUUCUUACGAAGAACUUUAUUACACCCUCCAGUAUACGGAGCCUACACCAACUUGUUUGCCGCUUUCUCUCCAGAGGUUACUCUAGCCCAGUCGGGCAGUCAUAUUGCGCCAUGGGGGAUGAUGUGGAAGAUAUCGAAGGAGAUGAUUGAGGCAUCAAAAACAAAAGCGGAAGGUGGCACAGGCAUUUCACAGCAAUUUUGGGCUUGGACUGAGGCGCAGGUUAAACCGUACCUUUGA